UGUCAUGAUAGUGCACAAGUUUUAGAUUAGUGGACUUCUCAAGAAAAGUUUGAAACCAGAAAUGAUUACAUGGGGGCACUCAUUUGAGAUGAGAAAUUCUAAUAUAUAAUGAGAUAAGACAAAAAUGGAAAUGCUCAGGGGCUGGAUUAAAUACUCACUGCAGUUACUCAGUUGAAUAGUUUUGCAUGACAUGAGAAUUUCUUGUGUGGGAACAACUUCAUGAAAUUCCAGGGUUCAUAUACAAUGUUUUGAACAAAGGUGGCCCAUUGCUGAAUUGGAAGAAACCUCAUAUUGAUUGAUACCUCACUAGUUAUACCGCUAUUUAUGCAUUCUGGAAAUUUGAGGACUGCAGAGCACUUUAAUAAUGUGCUAUAAGAAAGAAAGAUGGAACAUUUAUCUGAGAAGAGAUAUCCAGUCAGUUCGAAAGAUUAUAAACUAUAUGAGGAAGUUGGUGAAGGUGUCAGUGCUACUGUGUACAGGGCCCUCUGCAUUCCGCUUAAUGAGAUAGUUGCUAUCAAGGUUCUGGACCUGGAAAAGUGCAACAAUGAUCUGGAUGGAAUUCGUCGUGAGGUGCAAACAAUAAGCUUGAUUGAUCAUCCCAAUGUAUUACGGGCACAUUGCUCAUUCACCACGGAUUGCAGCCUUUGGGUUGUGAUGCCUUAUAUGGCUGGGGGAUCUUGCCUUCAUAUAAUGAAAUCUUCUUAUCCUGAAGGUUUUGAAGAGCCAGUUAUUGCAACACUAUUAUGUGAAGUUUUGAAAGCUCUUGUAUAUCUCCACAGCCAUGGGUACAUCCACAGAGAUGUUAAGGCAGGAAAUAUCCUAAUUGAUGCUAAUGGUUCUGUCAAGUUAGCAGACUUUGGUGUUUCUGCUUGCAUGUUUGAUGCGGGGGAUAGACAACGCUCUAGAAAUACAUUUGUGGGGACUCCAUGCUGGAUGGCCCCUGAAGUUAUGCAGCAGUUACAUGGAUAUGACUUUAAAGCGGACAUUUGGUCAUUUGGAAUAACGGCCUUGGAACUUGCCCAUGGCCAUGCCCCAUUUUCUAAGUAUCCACCAAUGAAGGUUCUGCUAAUGACCUUACAAAAUGCACCACCAGGCCUUGACUAUGAAAGGGAUAAGAGAUUUUCUAAGUCUUUUAAAGAGAUGGUAGCUACUUGCUUAGUGAAGGAUCCAAAGAAGCGUCUCACUUCAGCAAAGCUUUUGAAGCACCAUUUCUUUAAACAUGCCCGUUCAAAUGAAUAUUUGACUCGCACCAUUCUUAACGGCCUUCGUCCACUUGGUGAACGUUUUAGGAUGCUGAAGUUGAAAGAGGCAGAUUUUCUCGUACAGAAUAAGGUGAUGUAUGGGGACAAAGAACAGCUGUCACAGCAAGAAUACAUACGUGGAAUCAGCGGGUGGAAUUUUAAUCUUGAGGAUUUAAAAACUCAGGCUGCUCUGAUUGAGGAGUGUGAUGGCAUUUCCAAUAUCGAAGAUCCAGACACAAAUAGCAAGAAAAAGAAUGGAUCAGAUGGUUCAGACUUUGUACCUAAUAUGCUGUCACCCAAAAAGGUUAACCAUCCUAGUGCUGUUCCUGUGCAGAAGGAUGGAUUCAAUGACCUUCAGAAUGCAAAGGGUUCACUUGCUUCAUUUCCAAUUCGUCCUCUUGAGGCACUUAAAGGUUAUUUUGAUGUUUGUGAGGAUGAUGUCAAUGGAAGCAGCCCUAAUUGCAAGGAUGUUAUCCAAUCAGAUUCUGAACAAGUGUUUCAACUGCAGCAGUCAUCACAAGCAGAGGACCAAGAAACUGAAAGGCAUAAUGGUGACGUGAAAAGAAGUAGCUCUUUACCCAAGAACAUUGUCAUUCCUGGACAAUGUCAAAGAUUCUUUAGUGGUUCACUUCUACCAGAGCAUGCUGUUUCCUCUUCUAGAAAAGUUGUGGCAGAUGGGGACAGUUUCUUUGCAAGGAAGGCAUGCAUUGCUGUUUUGAUUUAUCUAGGGAAAAUCUCCGACAGAAGUAUCCAAGUGAACAGUAUUACAGUGGUCCAUUAUCUUAUCGCCAAAAGAGGGAUAUCAAUAAUUAUGCAUCUGCAAACAUGCAUUCACUGGAUGAUACAUCAGAAGGAACAGUUGUCCAACAGAAGGGGCGCUUCAAGGUCACAUCAGCAGAUGUUGGUCCGAAGGUGGAUAUUCAUGGUGGGGCCUCCUUAUGCACAGCUCAGAUGUUGUAUGGAAGUGACACAUUUGCACAUGCCAUAUAACUUCUUGUCUAUCACUCAGGGUUCUCCUCCAAAUUGCUCUGUGAAUACUAUUGGUCAAGCUUCAACUAACUCUACCAUUGUGGCUGCCUCCCUGCUUCCGUCGUUGCAAUAUCUAUUACAGCAGAAUGCUUUGCAAAGGGAGCAACUAAUUAAACUGACCAAAUGUGCAGAGCAAACAUCUGGCCACCGGAUGGAGAUUCCUGAUGCAUUUACUAGUGACCUACCACAGCUUCCUCCAGCUCCGAAUAGAGAAAGAGAAUUGGAGUCUCAGGUGCUCCAUCUGCAGCAACGCAUCGAGAGCAUUGCCAAAGAGUUGCAGAUGUUGAAGAUGAAGAAUGCUCAGCUGGAGCGACAAUUGAAUGCGCUAGUGUGGAACAAGGAAGAAGAGGAGAGGACAUGGAGAGAGAAUAAGCAGUGACAUCCUCUACUCAUCAGUUUUACCCAACCAAAGAGCUUGUAUCAGCUGAUGAGGUAUGGUGCACACUGCUUUCUUCACAAUAGCAUGCUUCAGAUGCCUUUGUAUUUCUAGUGUACAUUUACUAUGUGGGAGUGGCAAGAAUACCCAAUUUUGAGAUAUUAUUAUAAUAUAUAUGGACUCAUUAUAA